UGCUUGGGCUUCUUCUUCCUCUCUUGAUAUCAGACACACACGGUAGUUACAAAUGGCGUCCCCCGAAAUGGACACAAAAAACACGGAAGUGACUGGAAUAAAAUAGUUUUGGUUACAGUUGGUAACAUUUACAAGUAUGUAAACAAGCUGGAUUAACUCAUAUUCAAAUAAUAUGUAAGUUUCUAUCAAUUAGCCAGAGAUUUUCUGUCUUACUCAGGCGAUAUACUUUUAUUUUUAUACAUUAUAUAUGAUAUAUGUAAUUAUUUAUUUAUUAAUUUGAUAUUAUAUUGAUAUUUGAUAAUAAAUUAUUAAGGUCUUUAAAAAGUUCUUACUAAGUCUACUCUUAGUCUUAGUCAUACUCAUCAAUCUGUUUUAAGUUAAAUACAAAUAAUAAACUAAAACAGUGUUUGAACUUACUGGUGCUCCAUGACUCCAUGUAUUUUAAAUUAUAUAACAUUAUAAUUAUAAUUAUAAUAAAACAGUCAUAAUUAAUUAUUAAUCAGUAUUUUAGUAUUUAUUAGUAUUGGCCCUAUCUUAUUUAGUUCUGUAAUAGCUUGGUAAAACUAUAAUUUUUCUAAAUUAAAUGGUAAUUAUAAAUAAUACAGUUAGCUGAUUUAGUAUUUAGUAAAUUUUAGGCUACUAUGAAAAGGCAAAGUGCAAAGGCAGCCAUAAAUCAGAUAAUAGUAUUAAUAUUAAUAGUAUGUAUUAUGUAUGCCUAUCAUUGCCAUAGAAAGUACGUAGAUAGUUUAUAAUAUUACAUUAUCACUUUUUGUGGCACUGCAUUUAUUGAUUUAUCUCAGACCUCAGAGGUGACACUACUUACUGUCUCUAGAGUUAGAGCCUCUUACUCUACUCUAAUCAGGGUCACAAGGCAAGGAGAACUCUUAGAACAGUCAUUUAAUCUCGCAUUGAUAAUAAGUAAAAAUAAUUUAAUAAGGCAUAGGCAGAAGCCUAGACAAAAGGAUUGAGAAUUUGAGUAUCACAUCAUUGAAUUGAGUUUAACUUUAGGAACAUUUUUCUCAAAUACUAAUAGGAGUUAAAAGCUUUGAAUACUUAUAUAUCAUUCAAUGUAGUGUAGCCUAAUAGACUUGAUAUGGAAACUAUAUUGUAAUAAAAUUCCAAUUUUUUUCAGACCUAGAAACUAUAGUCAAAUCUACUAGUUAAUUAAGUUGAGUUGAUAUAGACACACAUCACAUUGGCAAUUAGAUGAUAUUUUUCCAUUUUAUGCCAGAAUCUCAAAUUCAAAUCAUUUAAAAAUAGUACUUACAAAAUUAUAUUGGGCCCUUUGUCAUUAUCAUUUUAUGUAAAUGAAUGGUGGCCUAACCCAAAGAUUCCCAACUUUUUCAAUUUGCAUCGCUCUUGCUGAAUCUAGUUUUUAGCAAGGCGUAUUAUGUCAAAUUCUAUGUGCAGUGUGAAAUAGACAAACUUUUAGAAAUAAAUUCUCUCAACCUGCUGAGUCAAAGACAAAAACUGAUGGUGUUUUUAAAAUACAAACAAUAUUCAGUUGAUGUAAUUUCCAAAAAAUAAGUCAGAACCAAACCUCCAGCUUUUUAUAAACAAUCACAAACUGUAUCCAAUAAGUUUGAGAAACAACUAAACAGUAGAUGAACCUAAUGUUUAUAUAGAAUCAUAUAACUAUUUGUAAAGGCAUUUGCAAACAUUUAUUACUAAGUGAGAUACUAACUGGUUGGCAGCAAGUUGGUUAGAUGUCAUGUUAUAUUACAUCAUGUAAUUUUUAAGCUUUUCAAAUCCCACCUGUGAGCAAGUUUUGUCUCCCUAGAGUGCCGCAGAGCAGUUUGGGAACCUCUUGGCCGUUAGCAUCAGAAAUGGAAUAGAUAAAUAAACAUUUGUUACAUAAAGGAGUUAAGGCCCCUGUAGCAUACAUGGUGAUGUAGUAGGUCAAGAAAAAUAAACUAUUUAAUUAUAAUUAUAACCAGAUCCAUUGCAUGAUUAUUGGAGGCCUACCUGCAUUCAUAGUUGAUAAUUUAAUUAUUUUUCACAUCAAUAAAUGUAAAUGAUUUUUGAUUACGUUGUACAUAUUCAUUUUCAGCACAUAAAUAAAUAAAUAUUUUAACAAAGACAACAUAUCAAAAUUUAAACACAAGACAUCUAAAGUAUCUCUCUUGCAUAGAAAUCAGCCAUAAAAGAACUCCAUUAGUGACAAUAACAACUUGAUUAGUGAUCAUUUAGAUUUGGUAAUUACUGGGGAAGCACACUGGUAAAUUGGUACCGACUGAAGAACAAAAUAUUUACAUCUUACAGUCAUAAAUUUAAGAGAGAAUUCGCCCUGAUCGAGCUGAUCUCAGGUCUGUGAUGAAGUGGGUGGGAUGUAUCAUAUAAAAAAAUUUUAGGUUCACAUCAGCAUUUUCUUCAAAUAGGUCUUCAAGUAAAGGAUGUUUAGUUUGUGUGAUAAUACUAGCUUUUUGUGAUAGUCUAUUUAAUCUGUGUUUGAUGUCAGAUGAUGAAUUCCCACCCCAGCAGAUAAUGACUGAUUUUCUUUCCACAUCACAAUAUUGGGUCCCUUAAUUGAGGCCCCCUGCAGCCACAGAGGUUUCAGGCCUAAAGCAAUGGCUCUAACCAAAACAAUAGUCAAUGGCUCUAACUAUAACAAAUGUAUAAAAUUUACAUGUUUUACUGCUCAAGAUGGCAGUAAGGGAGGAUAUCUCUGAAAACUUUAAUGACAAUAAAGUUUCUAAAUAUCUGUUUUAAAUUAAAAUCAUACCCACCCUCACCUCCCCACAAUGUCAUGCGUCAAUCAGUUAUUGAUUUUGAAAACAUGCAAAUUAUAUUGAUCUGAAUGUUUAUGGAUAAUUAUGAUAUAUUUUAAUAUUACAUAGCGGUUAAAAAAUCCAGUUAGUUAAAUGGUGGAGAAAGAUUAUGGCAACCGGGGAGGGGGGGGGGAGGGGGCAAUUGAUGAAGAAAACAGUUUUUCCAAUAUAAUUAAAGUUGUUACAAAUUCUGACAAAUGUCACUUAAAUAGAUAUGAAAAAUAACAGUUUAACAAUAUCAGCUUGAAAAUAUGCAUUAUUUCUUUAUUUUUAUUUUGGAUUAGAUUGCCAAGUGUGAGAUUUCUUUGAAAGGAGUGUUUCUUAAAAAUGAAAUUAAUCAGACCAAGAGGUACUCUUAGAAAGGCAAUUUAUUUCACAAUCAAUCCUCUUGAAACAAAAUUAUAGGAUAGAUUUAUGUAUUUCUAUUUGUUUAACUAGCAUGUUUAGGCUAUAAAUUUACUAAAUUAAAAGUUAUCUCCCUGUCCCUUAAUUAUUUCCCUUGCGUCCACUGUAGCUUUAGCUUUAGUCUAUUAUUCAGCAUCACAUGAUCAUAUUCAUAUAUUCAGUUGAAUUAUCUGCUUUGGUUAAUUUUGAAACCCAUUUGUUCACUUUUUGGUAUAAUUAUAAAAUUGUUUUAUUGAAUAAUUCUGACAAAUGUCAGUUACUAUUCCAUUUAUUUGAAUGUAAUUUCACAUUAUUAUUUUAAAGCAAGUCAAUACCUAACUGAUUCAGAGUCUUGUUUUGCAAAAAAUACUGUAUUUAUAUUCCAAUCAGAGAAAAAACUGAAUUGACCAAAACACAUCAUAAUCUAAGAUGGCAGAGCUGAAACUGGGAUUUCCCCUUGAUCUGCACAAUGGUAUUUUUAUGCUGAUCUUGGCAUCAUUGAUUGUGGCUGUGGUAGAUUCAGCAGCAGUUGCCAACACACAGUGUAAGACAUACAAUUUUUUUAUUUUAAUUGAGAUUAAUUGAGACUGCCUAUACAUAUGGGUGAAUUGUAUAGUUUUCACUAUAGUUAGGCCUUAAAUAUCUAUUGUACAUCAGAGAUAUGAACAACAUUUUUAUCUAUUUCAGUCACCAUGUACUUAUAUUAUCUCAUAUACAAUUAUCUUCAUAAAAAUAUUAAUAUAAAUACCUAUUUACUGACAGCCCAGUUUUAAUUGCCCAUCUACUCUCCCGAUGCAAAUUUACUGUUAUUAACUUUAGUUUUUUUCUUUAUGUUUAAUAUAUUUAGAUUCUUUGGAUCUACGAUCGGACUGUAUAUCAGUUGGAUUCUUAGAUGUUCCCAGAGACCAGUUGAUUUAUGUGAGAGGACGAUCUGGAGCAACCUCAACACAGCAACAGCUGUCUUGCUACCUACAGUUUAAUCCGCAGACAGAUGGGGAUACACUUAAAAUGUGGCUGGAGCCUGGAGCUGUUAUUUCUGACUGUGACGUCUCCUUGGAGCUGCAGAUGUCGAAUUCCGAUGUGCGUAUAAAGUUCAUAUAACCUAACGAUGCAAUAAUGAAUUCUUUUAUCAUUGGGGCUUUCAGCAACAUACAUUUCACAGCAUAUUGAUAGUUGGACAACGUUUAUAAAUAUUUUAGCCACCCUUUCGGUAGAAGUGAUCAUAUAAUUUAUUUGUUUUGUUUGUUAUACAGGAUAAGGAACAUGUUUUUACAAUUUAAAGACACUAUGUUUUAUGAAAAAUUUAAAUACCGGUACUUGCACUAAAGAUAAUCAUUGAAAAACAUCAAUAAAGUUGCAAAAGCUUAGAGCGUGUCACCCCCCAAAAUUUUUUCACAAUCGCUGUUGUUUUAUUUAAAUUGAAUUAUAUUCAAUUGUAUUAUCACUGCAAAUGUGUAAAUAGAGAUAUCAAUAACUUUAAUUUGUCUCCAAAUUUUUAAUGCAGCCAUUGGGGAAGCCAGAUUUACAGUUAGUAAGUUUUGGUGUUGAUUGGUAGUACAAUUGUAUGUGUUUUAUUUGUUUUGCUUAUGUGAGAUGGAAAGGAAAAAAAAGCAAAUGUCCAAAUAUCUGAAUGCCAGACAUCUUUUGCUUGACCUUUGAAAAAGAUACUAUUUAUGAAGAUAUUUCUAGGUUUUCUGGGUGUAAAGAGAGGAUGCAUAUGCAUUUUCAAUAUGAAUAUAUUUUCAAAGGAAAGAUGCCAUUUGGCACAAUCAACUGAUAAAUGCAUUUACAAACCAUUGAUAGUUGUCCAUCUUAAAAUUAUAAGGUAGAAUAUGGUGAAAAUUUUGAUAUAAGUUUGAAUUCUAGAAUUUAAUAAAAAUAAUUAAUGCUUUAGUGGAGGUAAACUUUCAAUUUUGGAAAGACCGGCACAUUUUUGUAAUGUAUUGUAAAAAUAGAAAAAUAAAAAAAGCAAAGAAUGGAACCCUCUGAGGAUUAUAAUAAAAUUGUUGAACAGUUUACAUCAACUAAAAUUACAUCUUUAUAAAAUACUACACGAAUGGUUGAUGCACACAUAAAAAGACAGAUUUUUCUAUCAGGAAUUAUGUCAUUUGACCUUGCUAUUGAUGUUUAGAUUUGUUAAAAAGUUCAAAGAUAACCUAAUAGUGUGUAUACAGGCCUAAGAUGAUAUUGACAGUACAUUGACAGCAUCAUGUCAGAAGUUUUGUAACUGAGCAUAUAAAAUACAAAGUGAAAAAAUAUUUAGAAAAAUUCUGAAAGAAUCCUCUGGCAGUCUGGAUUUUGGACAUUUGUUGAACAGCUAUCAUUAUAAUUUUGAUUUUUUUUAUAGUAGUUUUUACGUAAAGUAACUAAACCUUUUAUCAAAACGUAAUUUAAUUUAUAUUUCAAAAAAUACAUGCACACUUCAAUUAAUUACAAUGUAUUGUCACUUUUAAACAAAUAUAAUGGGGGGGGGGAUUCAAUUGGAUUAGAGUGAAUCAGCGCAGCAUUAUGAAACAUUUCAAUAAAUAUUUAAAUGUUCUGUUCAUUUGCACAAUUUUGAUUUUGAGUGUUUUGGAUAUGACAACUAAUAUUUUGGAAUGAACUGUAUAAAUUUCAGAUUGCAUGAUAUUUUGAAUAUCUUAUUUAAUCAAUGUGCAUUCUAAGUUGCAAUUAUUUUAAUUGGAACAUUUAGCACACUGCCCCUCCUCCCCUCUCUUUUAUUUCUCAUUCCAAAUCUUGGGAACUCUAUAAAUAAAAUUCAUUUUGUCCCAAGCUAACUAUUCUAAGACAAAUUUUAGAUAUUUAGUUCGUUUUCUGAAAUGUUUGAAACGAUUUGGAGGAUUUCACUCAAACAUAUUCACUGCUUUUUAUAUUGUUUUAUUGUUAUUAAAAUUAAUUUUGUUAAUUAUUCUUUUUUAAGUAGCUGUUCCCACCCAAGUUUGUUAUAGCCAGUGUGUCAUUCCCUUAGUUUAUGAUAUAUAUUUUCAUAAAAGAUUUUACUUUAUAUAUGUAAAUAUUUUUUGCCAUUUUUAAAUAUUUUUUAUGAAAGAGGUAGUCAUUUUAGAUUGAGAUUUUUUAAUUAAAGUCUAAGUGAUUAUUAUUUUAAAUUAAUAUAGCACAUUCUUAAAUUUUUCUUACUAGUGGUGCCAUUUGAUGGUCCCUUCCAACAAAAAGAAAAAGGCUUAUAGAUAAACAUACAUGAAAUAUUGUCAAGUUAACUUUGGUGCCAAAAAUAUUUUUAUCUUUUUAUACAACACUUUUUAUAAUUUAUUUAGCUCUCAAAAGGUUGAAAAGGAGGCUUAGACCAUCUCCCUGGAUAAGUUGAUGAUUCAACAUUAAUAAGUUGUUGACCUUAAUUGAGUUGGUUUAAAGAUGAGGUUAAAGCCAGUAGUUUAUAUAAUGCAGCUGUACUAAAUAAUUAAAAGUAAAAAAAAAUUGCCUGUGUUCUCCAUGGUUUUAAUGCAGACUAGUCUUGCAGCACUUUCAGUUGUAUAUGAAUAAUCCCUCUUUGAAUUGUCUUGAAAUUAUUUUCAUAAAAACAUGCAAUAUUAAAUUAUAUGUUUUACAUAAAUCAACAGAAAUAUACUUUAGGUUGUCGCUCAACCGCCAACAGCAUACCCACAUUGGAGAUGGUGAAUGGCAAAGCAUCUAUUCGAUUGAUAAGAAAGAAUUAUGACGAUACAGAUUAUUUUUUCCAAAUAGGGGUGUCUGCCAAGAGAAGUAAGUCAUAUAAAAAGUACAAUAGUGCCAUAUAAAUCCUGUACUUUGUAUGUUAUUAAUGAAUAUGUCAGGAUCAAGAUAAGGUCAUAUGUUUUUCUGGAUCCAAAAAAAUAGAAAUGUGUUUUGAUUGCAUUUUAAAUAUUGUUUUCAGUCUUGAAAGUCAGAGAUUUUUUUUUUGUUAGCUAAAAUUAGUCUGUGAAUAAAGUUGACAUGUGUAUGUUCUUGAGUCCACAUUGGCAUUUUGAACAUAGUAUGGGAUUUUAGUUUAAACGAUUUCUUAUCUUUUACCAAGAUCCAAGAUUUAUGUGUCUAUAUGAUAUCAUCACAUAAAUGCAAUAGUCAUUCUUUUCAUGCAGCAAUUGUUAAAUAUUGAAUGCAUCCUAAGUGGGGAUUAUGGUUUACAAAUGAUUAUUUUAAAAAAAAAGUGAAACAUCAAGGAACCAACUACUUUUUUAUUUGAGUAAUUUGGCAAAAGUUUAUUUUAGACUAGCCAAUAUACGGGAUUGCAUUAGGACCUUGAUCCUGGUAAGACCCUAAUCCCAAAGGGACCCCAAAUCCAUUCUGACCACAAUCCCGGCGCCAUCCCUUUUCCCGGUGUGAUCCCAUUCCCAUUGGGAUCCCGUUCCACCUCAGGACUCUCAUUUCCGACAUUAUCCCUUUUCCCGAUAGGAUCCCGAUCCUGGUUUGAUCGACUUACCCGAUGAGAUCUAGAUUAAAUUUAAUAUCCUCCAUUAAAACGGAUAAAAAAUUAUUUUCUACAUAAUUUUUUAUCGAACGCGAAAUAUUAUAGAACUUAAUUGAACUACUAUAACUAUAGUACAUUUAAAGUGAAAUGGGGGCCCAUUUAUAAAAUCUCGUUUAAGUUAUUUCUGAGAUGGGGUCGGAGCCCUAUAAAAAUCAUUCAGAUAAAUUAUAGAGUUAAAAUUUAAAAUUUGUCCUAUUAAAAAAAAUAACAGUUAUAGCUUUUUUAAAUUAAGGAACUUUCUAGAAAAUUCUAGAUCAGCCCUGAAUGCAUUGGAUAUUAUAAGUUUUAAAUCCACCGAUAUUUCAAUACGGACAAUGAAGUGUAUUGCUGCCACGCUAGGACUAUAUCCAUCAAUUCACAUUGAAAUUAUGUUGUCUAAGCCUAUUGUUAUUUAUAUUAUAAUAAGGAAAAAUUAAAUGGGGCCCCCGGCCCCAGAGGGAUGGAUAUGAUGAGUUCAGUACCCUUUGGUAUUUGAAUAUGGAUAAUAAAGUAUAUGUGUAAUAAGUUUGGUCAAGAUUCACCUACUCAUGUAGGAGUAUUAAGCCUAUUAAUAUUUAUAUAGCUUAUAUAAGAAAAGAUGAAACGGGGCUCCCGGCCCCAGAGGAAUGGAUAAUAUCAGUUCAGUAACCUUCGGUACUUGAAUAUGGAUAAUCAAAUGUAUGUGUACCAAGUUUGGUCAAGAUCCAUCUAUUCGUGUAGGAGUAUUUGUUGUUAAUUUUAUUUAUAUAGCUUAUAUAAGAAAAAAAAAACGAAUUCCGGGUAAAAAGUUCAUAACACUUUAAGAGUUCCUUCCGGAUAAUGAUGAAUAUAUGUGCCAAGUUUGAUCAAGAUCCAUCAAUCCAUGUAAAAGCCUUUGUGGAACAAACAGACACCGCCACAAACAACAAACUUUCACUUUUAUAUAUAUAUAUAUAUAUAUAUAUAUAUAUAUAUAUAUAUAUAUAUAUUUUUAUAUAUAUAUAUAUAUUUUGUUUUAUAUAUAUGUGUGUUUUUGUAUAUAUAUAUAUAUAUAUAUAUUAAUAUAUAUAUAUGUAUUUUGUUUUAUAUAUAUAUGUAUGAUUAUCCUUUUAAAAUUGCAAAUCCAGUACAUUUUGUAAAACUUGCUGCAUGCAUUACAUCAUGGACAUUGAAAUAAAAUAGUUUUAUUAUAGCUUUAAAUUAUAAACAGUUUGAUUCAGAAAUAUUAUGUUUUUCUUAUCUUAUAAUUAUUGGGUUACUUGUUCAUUCCCCUUUAAUUUCCUUUGAUUAAUUCUUGUUUAUAUCACCAUUUCUUACUCUGUAGGUGUUGCUGCUGUUACGCCAGGAGAUUCUAGCUCCGGGAACACUGGAAUGAUUGUAGGGAUAGUGGCUGGUAUUAUUGCAAUCAUAAUCAUAGCAGUUGUUGUAUGCGUGUGCUGUUAUCGCAAGCAUCAUAAUGGUGAAAUAUUUAGAUCAAAGAAAGAUUUACCUAAAGAUCAAUCGUUUGGAUACGAGAACAGUUCAAUGAAGAACAGUCCACACGACUCUCUGGGAUCGGAAAAGAAGCUUCUUCCGGGUGCAAUAAGACAGGGAGAAGAUUUAAAACCUAAAUCUGCACUAGAUAGAUUUGGACCCCCUCCAAAACAGCAAAAUAGAGUCUAUGAGGAAAGAAAUGUGGUAAGAACGAGAAAUGGAGUCGAUGGACGGGAUAUGGGAAGCCAUAAUAAUGAAAUUGGUGGUCUACAAAGGCAAGGUAUGAGAAGAGAAACAACUGGUGGAGGAGCACCAGAGAUCAAUUCAGGCAUCCCUAAGGCUCCACCUUUACUUUUGCCAACACCUAGUACAGCAAGCUCCAGUUCAAGUAAAAUUAGUGAACAAAGUUCCCCAUCAGCACCUUUCUUGUCUGCCCUCCAUAGUAAUCCAAAAUUUAGAAAAUCCUUUCAUGAAAAUGAAGUUGAUGCAGAGGAAAGAGUCCGGAGGGUUUCUAACCAUACUUCAACCAGCUCCAUGACGUCCAUAGAUUCAACAAACCAGGCUCUCAUAAAACCUAAAUUGCCACCAGUGCCAAAAUCACCUACCCGAUCUCCAAGUCCCCAAAGGCGCCGUGACGUCGCUGGGAUUUCUCGAGCUCGGCCAUCCUCAUCGGCAUCGGAUGUUUCAAAGUUUGAAGAUGAUUUAAAAGAGAUCAAAACUUUACCAUCACAGAAGCCAAAGAAUGAACACUCUUUGAAGCCAAGUAGGGACUUGCCAAGGGGAAGACCAAAGGAAAGAAAAUUUAAGGAUGAUGAUUCAGACAGUGACAGUGGUAAACAUAAACGAGACAAUGCAUCAAGACAACACAGGAAAACUUCAAACAAACGAGAUGAAAAAGAUUCUGAUUCCGACAGUAUCUACUCAAGGGAUAAAAAAGAUACUUCAAAAAGUAGAAAUAAAUCCAGAGAGAGGCAGGAUGAGCGCGAAGGCAAGAAGACGAGAAAUCAUGAAAGAAAACCCGUGGAAGAUUUCGAUAUAGAAAGUGGUCGCAAAAAAAGUAGGGAUGGGGAUAAAGAGUAUGAGGGAAGGUUCAAAAAGUCAGCUGGAGUUCGAAAGUCAAAAGGCAAAGGAACUAACAAGAUGGGGAGAUCAAGAAGUACUGGCAGUGCUUUGGAUGAUCUAGAAUCCAACCAUUCGUAUCCUCAGUCUAAAACCACAGGAAGCGUACGAUCUCUUAACUUUGUUGAGGUUGAUGAUGAAGAUCUGGAUAGUAAUUACAUGCGUAAGUUCUUUUUCUUAAAUUCAGCAAACUAAAGGGUUUGUACAAUUUAUUUUAUUUAUUACAUGUAUUUUAUUUUUUAAAAAAGCAAGUGCACUUAACAAUUAAUUUAUAAUCCUCAAUAAUGUGUGUCAUGAAGUACAUAUUUGACGAAGGAUAACGUUUAUUCCCAUUAAAAUUGAAUUGUGAUUAACUUAAGUUUUGUGCUUAACCAUUUUAAAUGAAAAUGAUGUAGUUAAUUAUAAAUAUAAACAUAAACCUUUUUAAUUAUACAGAUUUAUGUUUGAAAUUCUUUAUUUGGACUUUUUCUUAUUUAUUGCUGUGACAAAUAAUUUAGCAAAGCUCAAAUGUCUUACUGAUAGUUAGGUCCCAAGUUAUAAGGUUUUGUUUUUAUUGAUUAAUUUACAUAUUUGAUUCCGUUUUCCAUUUCAUUUAGCUUUCAAAAGGGCAGGUUCGAAGCAGUCUUUAUAUGCGUCACGCUCAUCCUUGUAUGGAAGGAAACGAAAAAAUUCAAUGGGAGAAACAGUCUCAUUAUCUUCAUAUAAGCAUGAUGAUUUGGACUCAAGAAUGGGAGAUUUUGACAAAGGCAGUAUGUCACAUGGAGAAAAAGAGCGCAUAUUCAAAUCAACAGGGGACCUGGAGAUGAGACCGGCGUCUGCCUUCGUUGUCAGAGAUUGUAGUACAUGGACUGGCAGUGACAAGGGUGUCUUUGUACACGGAAAGAGAACCCACACAAAGACUAGGUCUGUGAAGCGCUACAAUCGUGGAACACAGACCAUUUUCAGCAGAGAUAGACGUGACUCUGUUGGAUCAGCCCGAUCGGGUGUGUCUUCAAAAUCUGGGAUAUCCACGAGAUCAAAUCAUCGGCUGAAAUCUCGAAGCAAAAGCCAGGAGAGCCUGCGAAAGCAGAAACGCUCAAGGGAUUACAGUGAUGAUGACAGAAGCGAAGAUAGUAGAGAUGGGCAGCACAGAAGUCGUAAAAAGUCGCAGAACAAGUACGACAGUGGUGAUGACAGGAAGAAGAGGUCCAGAUCAAAAGACAAAGAUUCGGACAGUGAUCACAGCGGUUAUAAACACAACAGAAAGCCGAAACCUAGACACCGUAAAUUGACAGACAACAGUUUGGAGCUUUCCAGCUCCGAUGAUGAUCACGAUGACGAUGCCACAUCCAUUGCUGCCUCCAGUGUGGUCCCAGCUUCAAUUUAUCAGCAAAAUCAGCAGCCUGCUUACCAGCUUCAGCAACCUGGCUACCCACCUCAGCAACCUGGUUACCCACCUCAGUUCAUUCCUAUGGGUUAUCCUGUUGCGCCAUAUCCACAGCCGGUCCCAGGUUAUGUCGCAACAGCCCCGGGUGGGCCCCCGAUGAUGGUGCCCAUGACUUUAACUAAGCCACCCAUUGCUGCUAAGCCUCAAAUUGCUCCACAACCAACUGCAUCUAAGUGGGAUCAGCUGGUUAACCUCACCGAAGGCAUGAAAAAGCGACGACACCAGAUGGGUGAAUCUAUCAAUGAUACAGAAUCUGUCAUGAGCUCGAUGUGGAGUCAGCCCACCCCAUAUGCAAGCCAUCCUCAAAACUACUAUUCACCACCUUCCUACAAAACAGCCCAGGCAAUGGGAGACCCUAAUGCAACAUACAGCACCAACUAUCAUGAUUCAUCCAGCCAUCAAUCCUCUCCUAAUCAGCAAUAUGGCAACACUUAUCUCCCAUCAGAGAGCAAUAUCUAACAGUAUAAAAUGAUUUUAUUCUUCCAUCGUUGAUAAUGUGGUAGACAGUGCUUUUUCACAUGCCCAGAAUUUGCUAAAACUGGCUGGUAUUGUCCUACAAUGUGCAAAGCUGUCAUGGUGACUAGCCCUUUUACAUAAUAUUAAACUGGCCAACAUGUUGAGACAAGGCUCAAUUUAAUAAAAGUUAUAAUAAAAUUAUAUUAUGUACUUUGAUGUACCAGUUGUGCUCACCUAUAACUUUGAAGCCCAUCGGUUAUAUUUUUAAAUUGUUAUUCUAUCCCUCAAUCAGUCAGCGCUGUUAACAUUGGCCUAUAAUUUUCACAAUUCCUCUUAAUGUCUUUUAUCAUAUCUUUCAACUUCAUUGCAUUUGUUCUUUCUGGCAGCAAUAGAAACUAAUGAAAUAAUGCUUGUUAUUUUUUUCAAAGAUCCUUAGAUGCCUUUUACUUCACAUUAAGUUAACGUUGAAUGGAUUUGAAUUCUUAAAACAUAAAUAUGCUCGAUCAGGCUGUAUGAUCUAUUGAUUGUAAAUGAUUUUUAAUAGCCUCCAAAUUGGCAGAAAUUGAAAAAACAUAUUACCAUAGUAAUGAGACGAUGUAGCGGGUGACUUUUAAAUAAUACGUCAUGAAGUUGAUUUAUAGAUUCCAGUGGUUUCACCUUUCUAACUUUUAGAAUGUAUAAUUUGCUAUGCACAACAUGAAAUAUGUAUGAAAAAAUAGUCCUGAUAUAUUUGGAGCACACAGAAAGCAGUUAUUUAACAAGGGGUGAUGCAUUAUAAUAAAUGUAAAAAAUUUGCUAUAAAAUAUUGACAAUGUAUGUUCACUUUAGAUGAUUGAAAUCAUUAAAAUUAAUUUUCCUGUGUCAUUUGGAAAAAGUACUUUAAUAAUUGUGGGGGAAAAAAUAUUUCCAUGCAUCACAUGGCUGCUACCCCUAUAAUUAUAAUGCCCUUAACAGGUAAGUCAUAUUUUUUUCAAAAAUCCCCCCACCCCUAAAUUUAUUAAGAUCUUGGGCUUCUUCAUGUCCUGUAAAUAAUUUAAAAAUUGCAUAUGUGGGAAGUACAUUUUCUGUUACAUGAUCUAACCAAAUGUUUUAAAAGUUUGUUUUUAAAGUUAUUAUGCUUUUAGUGUCUCCUGUAUAAUUUGGAAAACCUGACUUACAUGUUCAGAGAGUUACAGCGAUUAUUUUGUUAAUUUUUAACUUGUAUUUUUGAAAAAUUAUAUUUUCUGUUGUAUGAUUACCUUCUACACAGUUCUGUAUUGUGGUUACAUGGAGUGCUGGGCCAAGAGCAUGGCAAAAAGGGCACUCACUGCACUGAGGGCCAGCAUAUGGGGGG